AUGUCCAGCAGCACCAAUGCCCCUGGCCAGAGAAGAGUGUCUCGGGGCUUGGAUGAUGCUGCCAACAAGAAGAAGCAGAAGGAUCGAGCCAACCAGGAAAGCAAGGAAGUGUCUCGCCCUGAGCCCAAGCAGGCUGAGACCAGCCAGGAGAAGGACUCAGAGGAGGAGAUGCUGAUGGACUGGAAGCAGAACGCUGACGAGAUCAUCAUCAAGCUGAACUUGGGCAGUGGAGCUCUGAAGGUGGAGGAUGUGGAUGCUGCUUUCACCGACACGGACUGUGUGGUCAAACUACCAGAUGGGCGCCAGUGGAGCUGUCAGUUUUAUGAGGAGAUUGAGGGCUCCUGCAGCAAGGUCCAGUGCAAGAAGGGCAACUUUCUACAGCUUGUGCUUCAGAAGAAGAUCCCACUCCAUACCUGGUCAUCGCUUCUGAAGAGAAGGAAAGACGGAUCCAAAGAGCUGGCCAAAGGGGCCACAUGCUGGGAGAAUGGGAAGGAGAAGGCUGCUUCUGCAGAGCUGGCCCCUGAAGAGCCUAAGGCUGAAGGUGCAGAGCCAACGAGGUCCCGACGGGAGCCCUCCAACCCCAAACGCGCUCCGGGAAGAAGCGAGGCCCUGGGAGGGAAAAGCCCAGCCAGCCCAGGGACACAGAGCGGCCCCAGCGCCAAGCGGGCAGUAUACCUCAAAGUGGCUCCCACUGAAGAGGAGUCAAACGCCAGAGUCACUGGGAGCGUGGAGCCCAGCAAAGGGCACAGCGGGAGGGCAGGCAGCCACAGAGCCAACCAGAUCGAUGUGCCCACGGCCUUGGCAGACCUCGCACCCCCACUGGAGAAGGCUGUGGUUUUGGGCAAGGAGAGUGUUCCUGUGGAAAUGCCACCUCUCGCAGCUACCACAGAGGUGUUCCCCCACCGCGUUGCCACCUGUGUGGAGAAGAGAGUCCUGCAGCCGGGCAGCCCUGCUGAGGCCUUACGGGGCCGGGACUGCAUGCCUGUCCUGGGAGAGAGCUCUAAGGCUGUCCCAGCAGCCACCCCUCCCCUGGGCAGAGACGGUGAGAAGAGGGACUGGUCAAAGGACGACGUGGCUCUGGAAGCAGCGGCUGAUGAGCCAGAGCCUUUUGUGAGCCUGACCUUUGUCAAGAAUGACUCAUACGAGAAGGGCAAUGACCUGGUGGUGGUGCAUGUCUACGUGAAGGAGAUCCACAAGGAGACUUCCAAGGUGUUGUUCCGGGAGCAAGACUUCACGCUGGUGUUCCAGACAAGUGAUGCAAACUUCCUUCGCCUCCAUCCUGGCUGUGGACCCCAUACCGUGUUCCGGUGGCAGGUGAAGCUCAGGAACUUUAUUGAGCCGGACCAGUGCACAUACAACUUCACAGUGUCUCGCAUCGAUGUCUGCCUGAAGAAACGCCAGAGCCAGCGCUGGGGGGGGCUGGAGGCUCCAGCCACACGAGGUGCAGUGGGUGGUGCAAAGGUUGCCAUGCCUACAGGCCCUACCCCUCUGGACAAGAACCCCCCGGGCAGUAACCAGCACCCCCUGUCCAGCAAGGAGGAAGCCCGAGCCAGUGACAAAGAGAAGCCACGCAUGGAAGAUGGGGGCCUGGAUGGUGUGGCAGCUCGUACAGCCCCAGAGCAUGUGGCAGUGAAGCAAGAGCCGCACAUCCCCUCGCCCAAACCAACGUGCAUGGUGCCACCGAUGACACACAGCCCGGUGAGCACCGAGAGCGUGGAGGAUGAUGAGGAUGAGGACGAGAAGAAGAAGGUGUGCCUGCCUGGCUUCACGGGACUGGUGAAUUUGGGCAACACCUGCUUCAUGAACAGUGUCAUCCAGUCCCUGUCCAACACCCGAGAGCUGCGUGACUACUUCCAUGAUCGGUCGUUUGAGUCGGAAAUCAACUACAACAACCCGCUGGGGACGGGGGGACGCCUGGCCAUCGGCUUUGCCAUGCUGCUGCGCGCACUGUGGAAGGGCACACACCAUGCCUUCCAGCCCUCUAAGCUGAAGGCAAUCGUGGCCAGCAAGGCCAGCCAGUUCACUGGCUACGCCCAGCACGAUGCUCAGGAGUUCAUGGCCUUCCUGCUCGAUGGCCUGCACGAGGACCUCAAUCGCAUCCAGAACAAGCCCUACACAGAGACUGUUGACUCGGAUGGGAGGCCCGAUGAGGUGGUAGCUGAGGAAGCCUGGCAGAGACACAAGAUGAGGAAUGACUCCUUCAUUGUGGACCUGUUCCAGGGCCAGUACAAAUCCAAGCUGGUGUGCCCAGUGUGCUCCAAGGUGUCCAUCACCUUCGACCCCUUCCUGUACCUCCCUGUGCCCCUCCCACAAAAGCAGAAGGUGCUGACUGUUUACUACUUCGCAAAGGAGCCGCACAAGAAACCCAUCAAGUUUCUCGUGAGUAUCAGCAAGGAAAACUCCAGUGCCAUGGAGGUGCUUGACUCAGUGGCCCAUAGCGUGCGUGUGAAACCGGAGAACUUGCGGCUGGCGGAGGUGAUCAAGAAUCGCUUCCACCGCAUGUUUCUGCCGUCCAACUCGCUGGACACGGUCUCCCCCACGGACCUGCUGCUUUGCUUCGAGGUGCUGUCCCCAGAGCUGGCCAAGGAGCGGGUGGUGGAGCUGCAGGUCCAGCAGCGUCCGCAGGUGCCCAGCGGCCCCGUCGCCAAGUGUGCGGCCUGCCAGAAGAAGCAGCUGUCGGAGGAUGAGAAGCUCCGGCGCUGCACGAGGUGCUAUCGCGUCGGUUACUGCAACGUGGCAUGUCAGAAAACACACUGGCCAGACCACAAGGCUUUGUGCCGCCCUGAGAACAUCGGUUUCCCCUUCCUCAUCAGCGUGCCGGAGUCCCGCCUCACCUACGCCCGCCUGGCCCAGCUGCUGGAGGGCUAUGCAAGGUACUCAGUCAGCGUGUUCCAGCCACCUUUCCAGCUGGGUCGGAUGUCACCAGAGCAGGGACUGCAGCCUCUGCUUCCGGACAAGCUGGAGCCCCUGGCCAAGAGCAGCUGUGCAGCAGCCACCUCUAUCCCUGAGCUGGGGGACGGGGACAGGGCUUCCAGCCUCCUGCAGGAGCCCCCGCUCUCGCCGGCUGUGCCUGAGCUGCACCCGGAGCUGGGGGAUGCCGGCACUGUCCGGAGCAAGGUCCUGGCAGCCAGGAGUUCCCUGCUAAGCUUGGAUUCAGGGUUCUCUGAGCACACGGAGUCGCAGAGCGACAGCUGUUGCGAGAAGGAGCCAUCCUAUGAGAGAGCCCUCAAGCCAGAAGCUGCCAUCCCUGGGUACCAACACACUCCAGACUCGCUGAGUGCCCGCGCCACGCAGUUCUACAUCAACAAGAUUGAUGCUGCCAACCGAGAGCACAAGCUGGAAGAUAAAGGUGACACCCCCCUGGAGCUGACCGAUGACUGCUCCCUUGCCCUGGUGUGGAAGAACAACGAGCGCCUCAAGGAGUUUGUGUUGGUGGAGUCCAAGGAGCUGGAGUGCGUGGAGGACCCAGGCUCGGCCAGCGAAGCAGCUCGUGCUGGCCACUUCACUCUGGAGCAGUGCCUCAACCUCUUCACCAAGCCCGAAGUCCUGGCCCCGGAGGAAGCGUGGUACUGCCCCAAGUGCAAGCAGCACCGUGAGGCCUCCAAGCAGUUGAUGCUGUGGCGCCUGCCCAACGUCCUCAUCAUCCAGCUCAAGCGCUUCUCCUUCCGCAGCUUUAUUUGGAGGGACAAAAUCAACGACAUGGUGGACUUCCCCGUCCGGAGCUUGGACCUGAGCAAGUUCUGCAUCGGCCGGAAGGGCGAGCAGCAGCCGUCCGCCCGCCUGCCCAACGACAAGAACAGCCAGCGCAGCGACGUGGGCUGGCGGCUCUUCGACGACAGCACAGUCACCACCGUGGACGAGAGCCAGGUGGUAACCAGAUAUGCUUACGUCCUCUUCUACCGCCGGAGGAACUCUCCUGUGGAGAGACCCCUGCCAGGGCACCCCCCAGACCACCGAGCUGAGCGCACCCCCUCUGCCGAAGCUGCUGCCAGCCAGGCUUCUCUGAUCUGGCAGGAACUGGAGGCUGAAGAACAAGAGCUGCAGCUUGAGGCGCCCCAAAGGCCUUCAAGAAACUCCUGGAGGCCCCGUGGCCAGAAGCAGAGUCCAGGCACCCCCCAGCACCCAGACGAAGGCUGCGUCAGAUACUUCGUCCUGGCCACCACGGCCGCAAUCGUGGCUCUCUUCCUGAAUAUCUUCUACCCGCUUAUUUACCAGACCCGCUGGAGAUAG